AUGCAUGCGAUUGAGCACAAGCGUGAAAAGGUGGAUCCGGUCCCCUCUAACGAGCGCUGCUGCAUCUGUCUCCGCGACUUUGAUGACCCACCGGACCUAGCAGAUAACGAGCCGCCGUGCAAGCCAAUGCAGCUGCAUCCGUGUGGACAUCUCGUCGGUGACAGAUGUCAUGCGAAGCUCGAUUCUCACCACCAGGGCGACUGCCUGCUCUCCACAAGCCUGGUCACGUACACCACACCGGUCUUGAAGAUGCUAUCUAUCAUUUGCAAGAUGGACCACCUCAGCCAUGUCUCUCCCGUUGGACUGCUGAGCGACGCGCCUCGUUUCUCUUAUUCCUGGCUGUACUUCCGCAGAGAUGAUUUCCUGGCAAUCCACGAACAUCUCAUCGCAAAUGGGGUUUCUGACAUGCAAGCCCAGCUCUUCAAUCGCGGAGCUUACACCAAGCGCGAGGCUUUUUCACUCUGGUUUACCCAUCUCAAGUUUCUCUUCAUGUACCUGACGACGGUCACUCUGCCCUGCCCCGAAUUACAUGACUACGUUCUCGGCUGCUUGGUCGGCGGGGCCACCGGAAUCGCGGCUACAGUUCUUGGUUACUGGAAGAACAGUCGCAUUCUCGCGCCGCACCUCGAACGUGCCGUUCAGCCCUGCGUGUUGAUAUGUGGCAUGGCUUUCGAGUUGUGGUUGACAGCGAAUGCGAAGGCAAUGCAUGUGGAGUCAGGCAUCAAGGCCUCGAUAUAUUUUCUCUUGACACCGUUCGUCCUACACGCCGUCUUGUAUGCGUUUGUGGCCGGAUGGUUGAUCCAUCUAGGUUGGCGCCACCGCAUGCCAACUUUGGUUUGGUAUCAUCGUGGCUGGGAGCAUCUUGGGGAUGGAGAGUCAUGUCAAUUCGAGAGGCUGGCCGUCUGGGCGUCAAGGUUUGGAGCGAAACUACAGUCGCCCAGUAGGACGGAGGCGUGCCACCAGGAGACCGGUUUCCUUUCAAUCAGCGUACCAGGCCAUAGCGGCACGAAACAGCUGGCGAUUGUGCCGGAAGAUGUCCUUUGGACACAAUGGCCUGUCGUUGUGAACGUUGAAGCGCCAACGAUAUCUAACGCACAGUCGAUCGGUGGUCCGACAACGGUCCAGCAGCGCGACCAUGCUUGUGGAGACGAACUAUCGGGAGACCCCACUUCAACUGGCAACUGGUGA